AUGUAUGCUGUGACCAUUAGUGAGGAGGGUGACUGUUACCGGUGUUUCCCGCCCGACCCGGGCAUUGGUACUGCUGCUCCAGGUGCCGGUGAGGCUUCUGCUCUAGGUGCCAGUGCGUCUGUGCUCUCAGGUGCUCGUGAGACUGCUCUCUCAAGUACUAGUGCGUCUGCGCUCUCAGGUACUGCGUCGGCUUCGGCCUCCCACACCUUCACUCUUGACUCUGGAGCGUCUCGCUCUUUCUUUCGGGACCGCACCACACUUACGCCGCUUAGUCGGCCGGUUGCGGUUUCCCUGGCUGACCCCUCUGGGGGUCCUGUCCUGUCUCGCUUCUCCACAGUCCUCCCGUGUCCGGCGGCUCCCUCUGGCACCCUGUCUAGUCUCUACCUCCCCUCGUUCUCUACGAACUUGGUGAGUGGUGCUGACCUACAGGAUGCGGGAGUUCACCAGUUCACCCCUGCUAGUCAGCGAGUGACGCACUGCACAGAGGCUAGCACGGGUCGUCACCUGGCUACGUUUACACGUCAGCCAGGGUCGAGCCUGUACACACUGACCACUGCUUCUCCUCCAGGUGCUGAGUCUGGUAGAGUCCCUUCGUCUGGUCAGGUGUUUGCUGCAGCGUCCAGGUCUGGUCCUGAGUCUGCCCCCUGUUCGUGUCGCCGUCUGUCUCACGAGACCCUCCUCUGGCACCACCGCCUUGGCCACCCCUCUCUGCUUCGGCUCAGAGGCAUGGCCUCCCGUCUUCUUGUGUCUGGUCUCCCCCGGUCUCUACCUCCCCUUCCUCAGGGCCCUGGCCCUGCCAGUGUCCCCUGUGUCGAGGGGCACCAGCGUGCUGCCCCUCACUCCUCCCAGUUUCCUCCGACAGAGGCUCCGUUGCAGACACUUCACAUGGACGUGUGGGGCCCUGCCCGCGUCCGUGGACUCGGUCACGAGCGCUACUUCCUGUUGGUGGUUGACGACUACUCGCGUUACACCACAGUCUUCCCCUUGCGCAGCAAGGGUGAUGUCACUGAGGUGCUGAUCGACUGGAUCCGCGCAGCUCGUCUCCAGCUCAGGCAGAGCUUUGGCUCGGACUUUCCUGUGUUGCGUCUGCACUCGGACAGAGGCGGAGAGUUCUCCUCUGGCCUUCUGCGUGCCUACUGUCGUGCGCGAGGCAUCCGCCAGACCUUCACGCUUCCGGACUCCCCGCAGCAAAAUGGGAUUGCAGAGCGCCGCAUUGGCAUGGUCAUGGACGUCGCUCGUACGUCCAUGAUGCAUGCGGCUGCCCCCCAUUUUCUGUGGCCGUUUGCGGUCAGGUACGCAGCGCAUCAGAUCAACCUCCACCCCAGGGUCUCCAGGCCGGAGACCUCCCCAGCGCUGCUGUGGACGGGGAAGGUUGGCGAUGCGUCGGCGUUCCGGGUCUGGGGAUCUCGGGCGUUUGUCCGCGACUUGUCUGCGGACAAGCUGUCCCCUCGCGCUGCUCCCUGCGUCUUCCUGGGGUUCCCCCCCGACGCCCCUGGGUGGCAGUUCUACCACCCCACCUCUCGACGUGUUCUGUCCUCCCAGGACGUCACGUUCGACGAGUCGACGCCUGUCGAGGUCACUGGUGACUCUGGUGCUGCUGCGGGAGCUGAGCCUGGGGGUGCUGAGACUGGAGGUGCUACGCCUGAGGGUGCUGAGCCUGGGGGUGCGGAGUCUGGAGGUGCUGAGCCUGGGGGUGCUGAGCCUGGGGGUGCUGAGCCUGGGGGUGCUGAGACUUGGGGUGCUCCGCCUGGAGGUGCUUCGUCUCGCCGAGAGCCACUCUCCCCACAGGAGCUACGUGAGUGGUUUGCCAGGCGCUGGAGGCGUGCUGCUGGUACUGGAGGUUCUUCGGCUGCAGAGGGUACUGCUGCCGAGCGUCCCGGAGGUGCUCGUACUGUGGGUGCUGGAGCUGCUGGGUCUGAGGGUUCUCCUGGAGCUGGUGCUGCUGAGGGUGUUGGCGCUGAGACUGCUGCUGGAGGUCCGACUGGCGGUGCUCCUGGUGGUGCUGCUGGAGGUUCUGGAGCUACUGGAGGUGCUGCUGGAGCGGGUACUCCUGCUGGGGGUACUGGUGCUGUCCCUGCUGUUUCUGGCGUCGCCGCGCGGCCCCGGCCGUACUUCGUUCCGCUCCUGCAGCAGGUUCUUGGUCUUACACCUUCUCCUGGUCCUCCUCCUCCUCCCUUAGAGGGUCCACAGCCUCGUCGUGAGCCUGCGUCUCGUCCUGCGUCGCCUGUUCGUACUGCGCGCGCUAGUGGUCGCGGUUCCCGUCAGCGUCCUCCUCCCUGUCCCUGGCACGCACCGGAUGUCUCUGCGUCCGUCUACUGCUCCUCUGCGUGCCCCUUUUGCCUUCUCCUCCUGCUUCCUCUCUUCCUGCUCUUGCCGACCCUGGAGUCGGACUCUCUUCGUGCUGCCAGUCCUACUGUCACGCGUCUCCUUGCUACUGCUGUCACUGACCCUUCUUUCGAGUCUUCUGCUGCGUCUGCCCUUGUCACUGAGCUCGUCGACUUUGCUGCGCGCUGUCGUCUAGAACUACCCUGCUAG